AUGGUUAAGCCGACCAAGCUACUCCCUCCCGAUCCGAGACCAUGGAAAGCAGAGCCCGAGAAGCGCAGAGAACGGAAAGAAUUCGAAAAGGAGGUCCCUGGCUUCGACUGGGGCCAGGCCGUCGCGCUGGGCCUCAUCGGCGCGACCAUCGCUUUCGGGAUCGACAAGUCCCUCAAACGGACGGAGGAGAAGCAUGAGGAGGAGGACAGACGGGAAGAGAGGCGGAGGCAAAGACAGCGACAGUCCCGAUCGCGGCCGCCCAGGAGCAGUCGCAGCCAGGCUGGUGGGGAGAGGAAUAGGGACAGAGGAUACGACGACAGAGACGACCGAAGCUUCAGGGACGAUAGGAGCGAUCGGGAUUACUACGACCCGGACUGGCACGAGAGGGAGUACAAGUCCGUCAGGGACGAUGCGCCGCCGCCGAGCGACGGUUCCGAGUCAAGAGCAUCCCGGGUCCGCGAGGAGAGUGGGAGGGAGAGCAGUGUGAGGGGCGGUGCCAGGGAGGACCGCGGGUAUGCGCGGGCCAUUGACCAGUUUGAGAGGGAUUAUGGGUACGGUGGGCGAUACGAUGAGCGGAAGCGCAGCCGGAGUAAUCCAGCGUCGCGGUCGAGGGAAUAUUAUUAG